AAAAAAAAAGAAAAAAGAAAAAACGAAAAAAAGAUGGGACUAAACUUGGGCUUUGGGGAUUCCUUCCCAGGCACUCCCUUCCCUUUUCUCCUUAACACAUAACAAAGCAAAGCAAAUCAGAUAUAUAUGUUAGAUAGAGACUUUGUGACAUAGUAAUAGAAGGAACAAGAAAUAUGUUGGAAGAUAGAGGUUCUUGUUGAUCUAUGUCCCCAAGUUUUUCUACUUCCUAGUCCUAAAAACAUGUUACAGUUUGUGGGUUUAAAAGGCUUUUGAAGUUACAACAAGUGGGUUACCUUCUAGGAAUAAAGAAGGAAAAAGUGAGCAUAGCGAGUUCUUUUUUUCUCUUACUAUUGAUAUAUUUAUAAAUACAAGUUUCUUGGGUAGCGUUGGAGAUGAAUAGUGGCGGUGGAGGUGGCGGUGGUGGCGUUGGGGGAGGAGGGGCUGGGAGUGGUGGUGGGGGGAUGAUGGCAAUAAGGACAUCACCAUUUACAGUGUCACAAUGGCAAGAACUGGAACAUCAAGCUUUGAUCUUUAAGUAUAUGAUGGCAGGUUUGCCUGUGCCACCUGAUCUUGUGCUCCCUAUUCAGAAGAGCUUUGAGUCCAUUUCUCAUAGGUUCUUUCACCACCCAACCAUGGGGUAUUGUUCCUUCUAUGGGAAGAAGGUGGAUCCGGAGCCAGGAAGAUGCCGGAGGACCGACGGCAAGAAAUGGCGUUGCUCCAAAGAUGCAUACCCUGACUCCAAGUACUGUGAGCGGCAUAUGCAUCGCGGCCGUAACCGUUCAAGAAAGCCUGUGGAAUCGCAAACUAUGGCACAGUCAUCAUCUACUGUGACAUCAUUGACUGUUUCUGGAAACAGUGGUGGGACUGGAAGCUUCCAGAGCCUUCCGUUACAUGCCUUCAGUGGUUCUCAACAAGUUACUGCUUCUGGAACUAAUCAGUCCCAUUAUCAUAUGGAGUCAAUCCCCUAUGGAAUCCCAAGCAAAGAUUAUAGGUAUCUUCAAGGAGUUAAGCCUGAGGUCGGUGAGCAUAGUUUCUUUUCAGAAGCUUCAGGGAGCAACCGGGGUUUCCAGAUCGAUACUCAACAGGAAAAUGCAUGGCCUGUUACGCAAUCUAGACUCUCCUCGUUUCCUCAGUCAAAACCUAGUGGCAACCCCUCCAUGUUGCAGAAUGAUUACCCCCAGCAUUUGUUUUUGAGCGAAUUCAACUCUGGGGAACCUGUGAAACACGAGGGUCGAUCUCUUCGACCUUUCUUUGACGAGUGGCCUAAAACCAGAGACUCUUGGUCAGCUCUGGAAGACGAGAGAUCUAACCAGACCUCUUUCUCUACUACCCAGCUAUCGAUAUCCAUUCCGAUGGCUUCACCGGACUUCUCCACAACCAGUUCUCGUUCUCCCCACGGUGAGUUUCCAACUGAAUAAUUGUUCAUCCGUAUGCCCUUGUCUAAAAUCUGUCUUGCAACUGUCUGCAGCUAGUUGAGUGACAAAAAAUCGGGGAACUCUGAAGAUCAGAGGGCUGAGACAAGUUGUAUCUUGGUGCUUAAAUAUUUGCUGCUUGAAGAUUUUUCUUUACCUGGACAUUGUGUUAUAUAACUGUGGGUUUUCAGCGUCAUUUGUUUGUACUAGAGUAUUAGAACACUGCAAGGUUGAGGUUUUAGGUUAUAAAAUAAAACAAAAUCCAAGCAGGUAAACUGAAAAAUCCAGAAUAUUGCAGCCUUAAUCCAAUUGAAAGAGCAAGUUUUCUUUAUGGGUUAA